GUUGGGAUUCCUGACUCCAUGCAGGAUGUGAUGAUCUCAGAUCCUUAGUUCAGAGGCAGGAAAGAAGUUAGUCAGGAAACUGGUGCCGCCUCAAAGCAGGAGAACUGUGGCUGCACACCCCAACUCCGAUCGCAGGGCUGAUCACUGGCUGCAGGCUCCAUGAAAUUCGUCUUACUGUGUGAUCAGCAACUGAGGAUUGUGUGUGCGCGUUCGUGUUCGCGUUCGUGUGUGCGUUCGUGUUCGUUGGAGAGGAGGAGGAUGAGAGGAGACAUGAUGUAUACAAGAUAUUAAGAGGAAUAGAUAGAGUGGACAGCCAGCGCCUCUUCCCCAGGGCACCACUGCUCAAUACAAGAGGACAUAGCUUUAAGUGUGGCUGUCCAGUCUAUUGGACCUGUGCUCCCUGUCACCAAGAUCUGGUGCUCAAGCCAACACAGACUGUGGUGGCAACACGUGUAACAAGAAUGCGAGCUGCACCGUGAUGGGGGGGAAACCCGGGUGCUACUGCAACACAGGCUACACAGGCGAUGGAAUACGGUUCUGCGAAGAUGACGACGAGUGCCAGAAUUCGACGUUAACCUGUGGACAAAAUGCGACCUGCAACAACACCUACGGGAGUUUCUACUGUACCUGCAUCAGGGGUUACCAGUCCUCAAAUCAGAAGAAGGAAUUCAUCCCAAAUGAUGGUACUACGUGCCAGGAGGUUCCAGAGAUUCCCUGCUACUUAAAUAAGGACUGUCUCUCCGGAAACAUUAAUAAUACCUUACAGCAGCUGAGCAGAUUCAGAGAAUCACAGACCGCGCUGGAAGAAAUAGCCAAGAACACCACGGGAGGCCUGACCGCGACGGACGUUCUUUUAUACACGGAAGUCCUCUUACGAUCAACGCCAUCACUGAGUGUGAUCAACGAGACUCUACCCAAUACAGCAGCCAUUGCCAACAUAACCAUUAACGCCAUUGUGAGAACAGUGAACAAUCUUGUGAAACCAAGUGAGAUGAUGGCGUGGAGCAAGAUCCUUGAAGACGAGAGGAGAAGAAGUGCCACCAAGUUACUGCAUACCACGGAAACGUCGGCAGUCAGUGUCUCACAGCACCUGAGGGGCACAACAGAGAUGGUGUUUAAGGAAAGUGAGAUCACUCUCAAAAUGUACACUUUUGAUCUAAAUCAAGAUGAGCAACCUCCAACUCAAGCAAAUUUGGAAGACAGUCAUAUAAGUAUUUCUGGACGAAAGGACGACGGGGCCAGCUCAAACGGGACUGUGGCGGUCAUUUUCCUGCAGUUUAAUAGUAUUGGGUUGCUGCUGGAAGCCGCUAAUAGCUCCCAGGAGUGGGAAGUCAACGGGACGGUACCGCAGAAGGAAUAUACCUUGAACUCACCCAUCAUUGCAGCAGCUGUCAAUGCCAAACCUCCAGCACUGUACCUUAUGGACCAUAUAACAUUUACACUGAGGCAUAUGAAGCCUGUGAAGGGGCACGAAUCUGUCUGUGUGUUCUGGAACUACUCCACUUCCAGCAUGGAGGGGGAGUGGGACACCAGUGGGUGCAAGAGCUUCCAUUUCAAUGCCACGCAUACCACCUGCCGAUGUAAUCACCUGACCAGCUUUGCAGUGCUGAUGUCAUCUUCACCCAUCGUGGAUGUUCUACAUAAUAAUAUCCUCACUCGGAUCACCCAGCUGGGAAUUAUCGUGUCCUUGAUCUGCCUGUCAAUGUGCAUCUUUACCUUCUGUUUCUUCAGUGAGAUUCAGAGCACCAGAACAACAAUUCACAAGAAUCUCUGCUUCAGUCUCUUUAUUGCAGAACUUUUGUUCCUCACUGGGAUUAACAUGAACAGCAAUAAGCUACUCUGUUCCAUCGUAGCCGGACUGCUUCACUACUUUUUCCUGGCUGCCUUUGCCUGGAUGUGUGUCGAGGGUAUUCAUCUCUACCUCAUUGUGGUUGGGGUCAUCUACAACAAAGGUUUCCUGCACAGAAACUUCUACAUCUUCGGCUACGGCAGCCCUUCUGUUGUGGUGGGGAUUUCAGCACUGUUGGGCUACAAGUACUACGGCACUGAUAAGAUCUGCUGGCUCAGUACAGAAAGCAACUUUAUAUGGAGCUUCAUUGGUCCGGCCUGUUUAAUCAUUUUAGUCAAUCUCCUGGCGUUUGGAGUCAUUAUUUACAAGGUGUUCCGGCACACUUCCAUGUUAAAACCAGAAGUGAGCUGCUAUGAAAAUAUUAGGUCUUGUGCUCGUGGUGCCCUGGCCCUUCUCUUCCUCCUUGGUGCUACCUGGACUUUCGGGGUGUUGCACAUUGUCAAGGGAACCAUGGUGACAGCAUAUCUAUUCACCAUUUCCAAUGCAUUCCAAGGGAUGUUCAUCUUCAUAUUUCUCUGCAUCCUGUCAAAGAAAAUUCAGAAAGAGUACUACCGGUUAUUUAAAAAUGUGCCCUGUUGCUUUGAAUACCUGAGAUGAAUUUGGCUGAAGAUGAUGGACAACCAGCACUGCGAUGGGAGAAGAAAAAAGAUGCCUCUCAGUAGAGCUACAAGUAACAUUGAUGGGCCGUGACCAUAAGUUAUUUAAAGUUUUGCUGUAUGGGGUGGGCUGUGUUGGGAAAGUGUGGGUGAAAUGGAGUACACAAAUCGCUUAAAAUCCUUACAACAGGUUUCUGGUUCCAUUUGGAUUCCUGUCUAGUUUGUAAAUGUAUAAUGAAAGUGUUAAAGCAAUUUCUCCUUCAUGCAACCUUGCAUCCGGUAAAACCUCAAUUGUAAUUUCUCGGUUUGCAUUUUAGGAAUUAAAUCCCUCAUUCAAAAGGGACAAUGACAGUUGAUCUCCACAAGACCAUAUGAUAUAGGAGCAGAAUUAGGCCAUUCAGCCCAUCGAGUCUGCUCUGCCAUUUUAUCUUGGCUGAUCCCGGAUCCCACUGAACCCCAUACACCUGCCUGCUCACCAUUUCCUUCGAUGCCCUGAUCGACCAGGAAACGAUCAACUUCCACCUUAAAUAUACUCAUGGACUUGCCGUCCACUGCAGUCUGUGGCAGAGAAUUCCACAGUUUCACAUCUCCUCAGUGUGAAACUCUGAAAUAUGUUUGUUUUUUAUUUGCUUGCUUUAUCAUAAAGAUAGCGCAGGAAGAGGCCAUUCAGCCCAAAUUGAUCCCUGCUGGAUCUUGUUUCGAAGAGUAAUAAAAUGCAAGGCAUGGUGUUUGAAGACUUUUGACGAAGUGAGCUUAGUCAUUAGGAUAACCUUACCUGCUGGAUUAGUCUUGACAAUACCAUGAGAGUGCUUUCACGAUGUAGAAUACAGUGAUUCAUGGACAAAGUUCAGUAUUUUCUGUAGGUUAACUAGUCAGUGACUGAAUAUUCCAAUCUCAAGCUCUGGAGAAUGAAUUUUCUUCAAUUUCUGCUGGCAAAGAAUUUUGCUGCUUUAACUUGAUUGGCUUACCUCCGGUGAGCUAGCCGUGGUGACGUGGCUCCACUUUCCCUUCCCAAAUCAAAAGUCCCGUGAAAACAUCCCACAAAAGGGCACAGCAGGAAAAGAAAGUUUGUUGCAUUGCGGAUUAGAUUGUGGCUUUGGGUCCUCCAGCAUGCAGCAAGGAGAGAUAGUGGGAGACCCUGCUCCACGGCAGCGUAGAUGUUAGUGCAACACUAUUACAGCUCAGGUCUUCCCAGAGUUCAGAGUUCAACUCCAGCGCCGUUUGUAAGAAUUUUGUCCCUUCUCCCCAUGAACGCAUCAGUUUCCUCCCACAGGCCAAAGAUGCGCCGUUUGGUAGGUUAAUUGUUUAUUGUAAGUUGAUUUUGAUUAGGUGGGUUGCUGGGCAAUGCGGCACAUUUGGGCUCGAAGGGCCUGUCCUGCACUGGAAUAAAUAGGUAAACAAAAAAAAAUAAAAAUAGUUAGCCAAAGUAUUGGUCGCCUCUUUAGUAUUAUCCAGUUCUAUAGACGGGACUGUGAUGAGAACACCUCUACCUUGUGGACUAUUUCAUUUCACAGAUUCUUAAUUUACAACAUUUAAGUUCAAGUUUAUUGUCAUCUGACUGUACAUAUAUACAAACGAAACUAAGUUCCUUCGAACAGUGCACCCACACAACAUAUCACAUACAGCACUUAAAAUAUUACCACAAGUAAGUUAAUAAAAUAUAUUUUCAAAAUGCAAGCAGUCGGUAUAGGUAAAAAGUCUUCGUGACAUGUCCUCAGUGGUGGCACGGUAUUCAUUAGUCUCACAGCCUGAGGGAAGAAGCUGUUACUCAGACUGGUGGUCCUAGUCCUGUUGCUUCUGUACCUCCUUCCUGACAGUAGUGGGUCAAGGAGUGUGGGAUGGGUGGUAGGGAUCCUCAACAACGCUAUGGGCCUUUCAUAUGCACAACCCCAGUAAGAGUCACAAAGAAGGGGAGGGAAACCCUGGUGAUCUUCUCAGCAUCUUUUUCCAUCCUCUGUAGAGUCAUGUGUCCUGAUGCCUCGCAGCUUCUGUGCCAUGCAAUGAUGCAACCAGACAGGACACACCUGAUGUUGCUCCCAUAAAAAAUUGUUAGAAUGGAGGUAGGAAGCCUUGCACUCCAUGAUCUCCUCAAUCUCCUCAGCAAGCAUAGAUGCUGCUGCACCUUCUUUAAGUAGGAAAUUUUAUGGAUCACCAAAGUAAGCCCUCUAAUCAGGGACUCGUUUCAUGAAAAUUUGAACUCCUAUGCUCAAUGCAUAAGAAUGUCAACCAGGAUGAGGAAUAUGGGAUUCUGGAAUUUCUUAUAAAGUAAUUCAACUGACUGGUAAUUUGGUGAAGAGUUUUAUCCUGUAUAUAGAUUUCUAUGGAUAAAAAAGAAUUCUCUGCAAAAUAAACUCA